UGCAAAGAUCUCGUGUGCAACAAAUGCCUUGCCAUCAACGGAGAAGCUGAUCAAAUGCUAUUACAUGCUAAUACGUGCGAGAUGACCGACAAGUACGACGUGGUUGGGCUCAAAGCAAUCUGUAUCGAGAAGCACAAGCGCGCAUGCCUCGAAUUCUGGAACCACCCAAAGUUCGCUGAGUCCGCCUACCACGUCUACUGCACCAGACCUAAUCGCGACGAGGGUUUGCGCAACAUCGUGUGCAAGACGAUUUCCGACCAUUUGAAGCUGCUCGAGAAACCAGAAGUGGAGGAUCACAUGACGGAGUUCAAUAGACUGGCCUUUGGGUUGCUCUUCGACAAUGCAGGGCAGGCGGGAUGGUGCAGCUAG